GGAGUGGAGGCUGAGGAUGUCGGAGGUGCCGGUGUGGACCCACAGCCAUGCCCGGGUGCUGGUGUUGGGGGCGAGGGGGCUCCGGGCCAAGGGGAGGCAGCGGGGAGGUAGCGGGGCGCUGGCGGUGCUGGAGCUGGGCGGAGAGCGCUUCUACACGGCGGCGGCCGGGGCCGGGACCGGGGCGGCGGGACCCGAGUGGAGGGAGGAGGCGACUCUCCCGCUGCCCCCCGACACCGACCCCGACCCGCUGCUCCGCAUCACCGUCCUGCAGCGAUCACUCUUCGGCAGCGACGCCUUCCUCGGGCAGCUCGCACUCCCGCUCACUCAUCUGUACCUGAGCAGGGACACCGGGGACAGAUGGUACAAGUUGUCGUCGAAGCCGGGCAAGAAGGAGAAGGAGCGGGGGGAGAUCCAGGUGAGCGUGCAGUUUGUACGCAACAACCUGACGGCCAGCAUGUUCGACCUGUCGUCCAAGGAGAAGCACCGGUCGCCACUGGCCAAGCUGAGGGACAAGGUGAAGGGCAAGAAGAAGCACCAGUGGCCAGCGGGCGACUCUGCCUCCGCCAUCGUGCCCAGCAGCGUGGGGCAGCUGACCAGCGACGAUGACCUCAGCGAGAAGGGCGCGCCCGAGAAGAGGUCCAAGAAGGGCUUCUUCUCCCGGCACAAGCUCCACCGAUCGUCCUUGACCAAGUCCAACUCCUCGCUCAGCUCGCAGCACAGCGCCAGGUCCGUUGAGAGUGCGGACAGCAACACCGCAGUGGUUGGGCAACUAUCUCCCAACAUGCCCACCAGUCCAAGGCUCGCCUACCCACCAAUGUCCGUGCCAAGUACCAAUCCAUCCUUGGCAAAGUUAUUGACACACAAGAGGGCUCUCAGCGAUGAGGUCAACCAGGUUCUGGAGGUCCACCCAAGUCACCUGGCCCUCAAGACCAGCGCCAUAUCCCGGUCUCUGCUCUGCAUCAACGGCAGUCAUGUCUACCGCGAGGAGCCUUCCGCCCAAUCCGCUGGCGGCCUGUCGCCCGUGCCCGCCCCUGUGUGUCACGCCCAUCACCACGUGGGCUGCAAGGCGGAGGCAGCGGGGGCUUCGGCCGAGGGUCGGCAGCGGCCGGACGAGCCGGAGGUCAGGGCGGUCCCUCCGGCCAUCGCGGUGAACGGCGGGGUGGGGGCAGGGCCCAGCUCCGACGGCCAGGGCACGGAGACGGAGACGGUGGGGGGCGGGCAGGGGGCCAAGCCAGUGCACGCCGCCGUCCCCAUCCUCUCCACCGCCGACCCCCCCAGGGCCCAGCCGCCAGCCGAGGACAGGAACGCCAGCGUCUUCCCCUUCGGGAGCGACCCGGAGACUAGGCCUCCAAGCACCCCCUCCCCUGUGCGGAAGUCCAGCUCGCUGGCAGAGAGGAGCAAAGCCAGUGGGUGGUUUCUGAAGGACAACCAUCACAAGCCAAGCCUGGAAGUGUCUCCUGCGGUAGAAACCAGUUCAGAUUCUCCCUCGCCCUCUCCUUGCUUGCCAUUGCAUCCUCCUCCCCCUGCUCCUCUCCUCCCGCCUGCUCUUCCUUUGCCCCCCAACCCCGCCUGCCCGAGGCACGCAACUAACGCUAACCCAUUCUCGGCUGCCGACAGAGGGCCUGGGCCCCCCUCGAAGCCCGCCACCAAUCCUUUCUUCAGCGCCCUGCAGAGUAAUCCUUUCUUUGAGGACCUGGUAGCUGAUGAGACACUAAAGACCCCUCCAUUCACGCCCUCUCUCUCCAGUUUGCCCCACGGUGGGUCCGUGGGCCCGGCGCACACCCCAAGUGCUGGCGGGACGGAGUGGACUGGGCCGGGAGAUCCCGCAGCAGAGGAAGCCGCUCCUUCCGGCCUUCCCGGAUCCACGGAGACCACGUCGAGUGGACCAUUCUCCUUCCAGCGUCCAGUUGCAUCCGCGGAGACGGGCCCAGCGGUGGCCGCGCGGUCCUCUGCCUUACCUUCCCCUGGACCGGCGGGUGAAUCGGGUGGUCUGGAAACACCGUCUCGGUGGGCGCCCGCAAGUGCCGUGCCAGCGGGCCAUUCAACCCAUCAAGUGCCUUCUCCUGCGCCGGGGGACGAGGAAGCGGAGUGUGCGGAGGGAGGCGAGAACUUCUCCCCGUCUGCCCAGGCUGAUGGACCUCUCGUGGGGAGGAGACCUCCAGUGGAACCAGCCCAGGCCUGGCCCAAAGCCGGCAGCUCUUUGAUGAGAUCGCCCGAACCAAGGGCCCGGGGUAACGAGUCACCAGAUGUUGAUUGGGCCAACGAUGUAAGUGGCGUGGGUUUGGGUAUCCCACCUGCUCCAGCCAUCGACAGCGUGUCCCUGGAUGGAAGCGUUGAACUGCAAAGUGGCCUCAUGAUCGACAAUGGGCUGGGAGUGAAGACAGGCCGUGCCUCCGCCAUUCGGCACGGGGUAGAGAUGGCAGGGGGGCCAACGGGCCGCGAUCUUCGGAGGUCUUCGGCGCCCACGGAAGGUCCCGGAAGCGCGGCCGACAGGGUUGGAGACGAGCCCGGGUCGCGAGUGACCGAUGCCGAAGGUGGCGAGGCCAACCCUGCGCCCGUCUUGGUGGAGAGUGAGAGCAUACGUGCUGACGCCCGCCCUGGUUCCCCUCCGCCCGUCGUCUCUCCUCCUGCCGCGCGGUCCUACGAGAGUGGACUAAACGUCAGACUGGGGGAUGGGUGGCGAGGCAGCGCGGUACUCGGUGAAGCUGUCGCGGAGGGUCGCGAGACCAGUGGAGGCGAGAUGGACAAGGGCGUUCCCGUUCCUCCUGGCAAGUUGGCCGCCCCUUUGCGUCCACCAGCCCACCGUCGACCAGCCCACCGUCGACCAGCGCACCGUCGACCAGCCCACCGUCCACCAGCCCACCGUCCACCAGCCCACCGUCGACCAGCGCACCGCCCACCAGCCCACCGCCCACCAAGCCGCCCCGGUUGCUUGCGUGUUCCCAUCAGGCCGUGGAGGCAGCGGCUGGCGUGGCGGAGGAGCGGGCAGCAGAGGCAGCGGCGGCGGCACUGGACCGCCCAUCAUCCGCCGUGCAGCCACGGGAGGGGCAGCGGGUGGACCAAGGGGCGGAACAGAAGGUCUCCCUGGUGGUCACCGGCCCACCCACCGAGAUACAUCCCCAGGAGCCAGUCUCAUCCUCCACACCACCGGCCGCUGAGGAACCAUUUGGACUGUCAAGUUAUGAGGCAAGCAAGGAGAAAUCCUUAUGUGGGGCUUUUGACUUCAGUCUCAACGAGAAAACAGGCAUCGAGCACUACAGGACGUGCCUGUCGAACCUCUCCACAGAGACAAUGACCAUUAAGGGACGGUGAUGGAACUGCAAACAGAUUGGAUGACUUCCAGUCAACUGUGUCCAUGGAGGUCCACCAGCUCGUUGAGAUACAAACUGCUGCGUUGGUGACGACUGCGGCCAGGGUGAAGUCGCUGGAGACCGUCUCGCUGGUGGAGGUCCUUUCCCCGACGGCUCCGGAGGGACGGGCUGUGUUUUCCGAGACCAGCCAGAGCGAACAGUCGGAGGAGGACUUUGUGUUGGCCGUGGAGGAGCUGCCGCACAAGUCCAGCCCCGUGUUCCCCGAGCCCGGGGUGAGCGUGGCGAGCGGCGGGGAGACGGCGCCUCGGCCGGGGGAGGAGAGGAGAGGGGAGUGGGCUUCCGCGCGGACGGGGAACGGAGGGAGAGGCAGCCAACCAGGCGGGAGUGUGGAACUGAAGGCUGGGCUGGGGACGCUACUGAGUGGUGGGAUGGGCGUGGAGGGGCGUGAAGCGGGGGAGCCACAUCCCUCCUUGGAACUCCAGGGCGCCGGGGACCGUCCUGCCUUGGAACAGCGUGAUGGGGGAGAAGGUGCCGACGGGCAAGAGGGUUCCCCAUUGGAAAACCAAGAGGAUUCCACUUGGGAGCAGCAGGUCGUGGGAGAGGACUUUGUCUCGGAGCAACGGGAGGCAGGAAAGAAUCCCUCCUCGGAACAACGACAUGGACGGAAGAGUUGUGGCUCUGAGCAGCGGGAUAUGGGAGAGGGUCCUGCCUUGGCACACCGCGGUGUGGGACAGGACUUAGCCUUGGAACAGGGAGACGGGGAAAAAUAUGCCACCCUGGAAAAGCGGGAUGGGGGAGAUUAUUCCCCCUUGGAACAGGGAGAUGGGGGAGAAAGGUCGGACUUGCCAGAGAACGCUCCAUGUGGGACAAGCUCACCGUUGACAAGGGCACGUAGGGUUUUGGGGAAGGUGGACCCGAACCCACACUGUGGUGGUCACCCCGCUGCCCGUGAUGCCCGUCUCCAGGCGCUGGGCGUGGGGGAGCCCGUACCGGGGCAGGGUACCUUAGCCACCCCCGUCGACUCGUCCCUGGAGGAAGGGCUGAGCUUCAGGGAGCUCCAUCGGAAGGCAGCUCCGCCAGCCUCCGGGCCCGCCGCGGGCAGAGGGCGCCACAGGCCGCAGGCUUUCUCCACCCCUCACCCCGCGGCUGCUACUAACGCCAGAGCGCCUGACCUCCCCUCCCCCAUCCUGCCCGCCUCUAGCGGGGCUGCAAACCCCCCGGGGCCCAGCCGGACGGCAGCCAGCUCCCAACACUCGCCGCGGUCCGCUGCUUGGAGAGGACCCCCGCUGACGGUUUCACCUCUGGAGACACGGCCGGCUGAGACAUCCUUCCCGCAACAGCGGACCAGCCCUCACCCUGUGAAGCCCAUCACUGCCGCGGCCCUGGGGGUUACGGAGAAGAGGUCUGCCCGCUCGCACCUCAGCAACACGCUGACCAGUGGGCUUGAGAAGCUGAAGAGCGUGACGACUGGACACAUCAGCCCAAUGAGGUCGCCCGUGUCGGGACGCGAGGAACAGGAAGCCGUGAAGGAGUCCAAGCUGGCAGACCCAGUGCAGCACUACUACCACCUGACCCACGAUGAACUCAUCAAGAAGAUCCUACAGCAGGAGUCGCAGAUGCAGAGGACGGAGGAGCACGUGCGGGACCUGGAGGAGUACAUUGACCUCUUACUGGUCCACAUCAUGGAGCAGAACCCGAGCAUUCUCCAGACAGUGAGCGAGAAGAUGAAGGACAAGACAGCUACCAAAUGAACCCCCCCCCCCCCCCCCCCCCCUCAAAUGUGCCUCACCCUUUCGUACCCUGGAAUCACAUGCAAAUCGUGCAGCGGGUAUAAAAGGAUCUCAUCAUUUGCUGGUCUUUUGAUGGUCAUUUAGCAUCAAGAGACGGCAAUAGACAAGAGAUGGGAAAGGGGGAACCAGACUCGGGAGUGUUCAUAAGUUCAGCUCAUAAGUUAUAGGAGCAGAAUUAGGCCAUUCGGCCCAUUCAGUUAUGGCUGAUCUAUCUCUCCCUCUCAACCCCAUUCUCCUGCCUUCUCCCCGUAACCCCUGACAACAAAGAAUGCCUUGGUUUGGGACAAACCGUAAGUGUAUACAAACAGUCCCAUGAUGGGCGACUGUUUCUCAGCUGGCUUGGACGCACCGAAUUCACGAGCAGUUUAUUUUUGACAUGAGCACAAUGAGACUGCCGUGGCGAAUGAAAAGAAUAAAGAGUCCCAACGAGCUAGUGCAGUAGGAAAUCUUCGAGGGUGAAAGUUGCGUGAUAUAUUGCAUUGAAUCUGUGCUACGCCAGACUGCCGUGCCUUUGCAAGCAUGUAACAUAAUCCAUUUAAGAUAGUAGAAAGCACUGAAAUGACAGUAUUUUAGUUUGCAUUCACGUGUAUCUUCCAGCCAGCCUGCUUUAAUACUUUGGGAGAUACGUAUCUCUUGUUUAGAAGAUUCAUUCGAGUGUCCCAAUCAAAGGCAAUCUGAUGUUUGUCUUCCCCCCGUCUGUUUUGGCUGCAUAGCCUUUGUAAAUAGCUAGGUAUGAGAAUUAUCUUCUAUGCAAUUCAUAGUAUUAUCAAUGCCAUACUACUGUGCUAUAGAAACGGCGGUAUGGGUGCUCCCAAUAAUACAUUGUGAAGCCGAACUUGCCAUGCACUGCUUGGGGCAACUGCAUCCCGGUGAUUUGGUGCAGUUUCCUGUCGGAUGCAUGAGACUUUGGGUUAGUAUCAUAAUCUGAUCACAGCAUGGGAUAGACAUCGAGAGGAUGAACCAGCCCAGAAAUCCACACGAGAGCACUUUCCAGCAAAGGUUUAAGCUAGCAGAGGGGAGGUCGGAGGUGAGCUUGGCCAUGAUCCGCUAGCAUACAGCUUCAAGUAGUACGUUGACAGUGAAGGAGGGGGAGCAACGACGGAAGGACAUGAACAUGCUUCUUUUUUGAAGCGAUGACAUUAGCCGAGUAACUUGAGAACAUUUCCUUUGCUCCGUGGUGGUCCACCACGCUUGCAUUCAGCCACCAACGAUCGUAAAAGAACCUCAAAUGAAAGAUGCGCAGAACAGCUUUUUAGUUUCUGAAGCCAAAUCGCACACGUUUUAGCAGGAGCCACGUUCGUGAGUUGAAGAUAUUUCUGAGUCUCUCAGGAAAUCACUUAAGUAUUACAGCUGCAGUUAUUUUUGUAAGGGCAGAGGUGGGUGGGUGGGGAGUCUCUCAACUGGAUGCCAUUUCUAAAGAUUACUUAUAACACGACAUCCAGAGGAUUCUGUUGUCUUAUUUUAUAUAAUGCUACCUUGACUUUCAAGUAUUUGAAAACUGACUGUUCUCAAGGCAAAUCCGCUGUGGGGGGGGGGAAGAAAAUUUAAACCUGAGCAAAUUAAAAUGUGAACAAAAGAUUAAACAUUCAGUGUGUGAGAAGGAACUGCUGAUGCUGCAUAAAGACUGAAGAUAGACACAAAAUGAUGGAGUAACUCAGCGGGUCAGGCAGCAUCUCUGGAGAAAAGGUAUAGGUUCCGUUUCUGGUUAAGACCCUUUUCAUCAAACUGAGAGUCAGGGAGGGGAAAAACUAGGGGUAUGAGAAGGUGCAGAACAAAGCAGAGCCUGCAUCCAUGACUCAGGAUAGGUGGAGCCCACAAUGAUCCAUUGUUGGCUGGGGACGAGAUGAUAAUGAAGUAACUCAUACGGUAAAAUUAGCAAGAGGACUAGGGUGGGGGAGGGGCGGUGGGACGGAAAGCACGAGUUCGACCUGACCGAAAUGACUUUAGUUACGACCCGAAAUGUCACCUAUUCCUUUAUUUCACAGACGCUGCCUAACCCGUUGAGUUACUCCAGCAUGUUGUACCUACCAAAGGAUCAGUAUUCUGCUGCACAGUAGGACCUUGUUUUUAAGUCGGCAUGUGUGGUAAUAUUGCAGGAAUUAAGUUGUCACCCUCGGUGAGGUUUCACCAGCCACGCAGGGCUGGAGGAACGUCAAUUCAACACUUGUUUUGUGGAUUUAAAUUAUUGGUGAGAAAGUAAACCCGUAACUAUCGCGAGUGUUUGCUUUGAAGAGGGAGAUGCAUUGAUUUCCUCCACUCCGUUGGUUCCUGCCUUACAGCCUUUGUGUAGGACUCCUGCUACACUUUGCAAAACUCCCGGCUCACAGUCUGCGAUGGGAUUGCAACAUGCCUUGCGGUAUUAUUAGCUAGAGAAUCCCGUCCACAACGAUUUCUCCAAUUGCCUUUGCCAUUGUAACUGGUGUGUACAUAGACAUAAUGAAAAUAAAUUGUGUGGAGAUGAGGCCUUCACAAAUUGCUACCUGUUAAUAAAAUUAUAUCAUGAAUAAUAAAACGAGCUUUUUCUUUCAA